AUGCCAGAUAAAAGGGCACUUGAUGCUCCGGAUGGGCAGCCCCCAUCGAAGAGAGCAGCGCCUGGCUCCGAGACAAGUAGCGCAAUCUCGGAAGAGCGAGCUAUCGCAGUGCUCAAACAUCCUCGCGUCGCAACUGGAUCGUCUAGCUCGCCCUUCUCUGCACCGCCUCUGUUCCAACAGCCUGCACCACUUUGCUCAUUCUCCUUCGAUGACAAUCGCAAGCAGUGGCAAGAUGAUCGAUGCAAGAGAUACUAUCGGGGACCACCUCCGUAUCACAAUCGACACCCUCAUCAGAAUCGUGCACCUCCCGUGUUCGGAGCCGACCUGAAUUAUGGUCUGGAGCGCUUCGUGCGACGCGAUGAAACGGUACCGGAGCACCUCGAUGCACUCGUAGCCGCCUUGCAGCACAGAACGGAAGCCGGAACUUCGGAAGCAGAGCGCAACGAGCUCGACGCGGAGAGAAGGAAGGCCGACGUGAUCACGUGGCGAGGCAUCAUCACCAAGAUCUGCACAGCCUACGAGCAGAGCGCAGAAGCUCGCUUUUCGGAUCCACUCGACCUCAACGCCAUGAUGCUAGACGGCACGCUGUAUCUCGAAGAACACACCUCUCCUGUCGCCAUGACAGAAAAGCAAAAGAAAGAAGACGAUCCCAAGAUGCUGCGGAUGGGCUACUAUGGCUAUUCGUUCGAGAGCUACUGCACCGUCGACACGGAAGCGAAGACACGCGAGCCUUUUCGUCCGACGCCUCGCACCGAUAAUUCAGUGCCUGAUCCUGCAGGAUGGUCUGGAGAUGUCAACACCAAUGUGCAGUGGUGUCAGGUGGUCAAGACCAAGCUGGGCAGCAACCGGCUCGUGAUCGGAGGGGAGGUGGAUGCAGUAGAGCGCAACCACACCACGGGUCGAGAGGAACUGGUGGAGCUCAAGACGUCCAUGCAGAUGACUUCCGCGCAGCGCAAUCCGGCGAAAGCUGCCGUGGAGCAAGAGCGAUUCGAAAAGAAGCUGCUCAAGUUCUUCCUGCAGAGCUACUUGCUCGGGAUCGGCAAGAUUGUGGUUGGAUUCCGCGACUACCAUGGGCUUUUGACGACUCAUCAAGAUUUCGAGACUUUGCGAAUCCCGCGCAUGGUUCGAGCGGGUCAGCCGAUCGCUGGACGCUUCGAUCACGUGGGCAGGCCUGUGGUCCGCGAGAAAUCCGUGUGGGAGCCCAAGGACGGUCUGGGUUUUGGCGACCAGAUCCUGUCGUUUAUUCGCAAGACCAUUUCGAGCUACGAUGGCUCGACCGAGAGCAAGUCUACAGAUGGUACAGAGCAGGUCGAUGCGUCGCCGACGACGGCCAAGAUCGAGCAUCCCGUGUUCCGCGUCACGUUCAAGGCGCCGUUUGAGGCAGUCGAGAUCCGUGCUCUCAGUCGACAGGAGGUGGUCGAGCAGGUGCAAGAUCGAGGUAGCUCUGGUGAGAGAGUUGGCUUCUUACCUCGCAGAUUCUUCGAUUUCGUUCAGUCUCGCGCUCGAAAUUAG